CGCUGCAAUGGUGAACGUUCCCUUCUUAGUGUGGAGGAGAAAGUUAAGUUCACUGACCUGGCAGAGGUGAGAGGAGCUAUUCCAGCGGUAUCAAAGAUCCCCGUUCAUGGUUUCGAAGGAACUGGAGCGAAUACAGCAGUUGAAGAAUUCAAGGAGGCUGUCCAUAUGGACGAAAAUUCCACUCAGUUGACUUACUGGCAGGCCGCGAAGGAUGACGAUUGUGAGCCUCCAGUUGAAUUUGUCGUCGAAAUGAAGCCUAAUGUUGUAAUCACACCUGGAACUGAUUCUCGCAUGACAGCCUCUGCCGAAAUAGAAUCCUUCUCAGGGCGAAACGAAGCUUCUGAAUCUACCUUGGUUGCCCUUCUUCCAGUGUAUUCGCCGAAAAUGUCAUUGAAAGGUGAUACAAAACCCCUUUCUGCCACUCCAAUUGCUGUCACACCAUGCCAGCCUGCUAGUGUUGGGAACCCUAGGGCCCGACAUCGCAGAGCAAGUAGCGUAGGCAACUUGACGCCCGGAGUCCCGUUUGACAUGUCAGCCGAGAGUUCGCCUUUUGGGGACUAUGUGUGCAGUCCGUCUUCGCAAUCGUCGAGCGCGAAGAGCAAGCUGACGUCGCGAGGAUACAAAGAGGUGACUCCGCGGAUGAAUCUUCCGAAACCAUCAUGGAAGGCAAUUGUGGAGAGGGAAAUGAAGGGUUCGAAGCUAAAAGCCCUUCUGGCGGCUCAAUUGCCCAAGGAGACCAGUCCUUUCUCGGAGUAUCUAGAGAUCCAGAUGGAAAACCAGAGCAGGAAUGCUGUGAGUGGUACAAUUUGGUCAACGGAGAAGAAUGUAAACUUGACGCGCAGUCCAGCGAAACGUGAGGUUGCGCCUACAGAGGGGCAGCAUGAAACGGGUGAAGUACUUAGGAGUGCUCAGGUGCCUAGGAAACUAAAUGAGGUGCUUCUUGAUCUCCACGCCCCUGCUGGUGCACUUUAUUGCAACAUUGCCCCAGUUUGAAGUAUAUAAGUGAUCAAUGCAGUGCAGGGUCAGCAAUUAAGCGGUCUUCUCCAGUCCAAAGCAGAGUGCAGACAAGGAGAGACGUGCUUUUCAAGGAAGACUUUGUAUUCUUGAGUCCAGAGCAUGUCUUAGAUAAACAUGUAGUAAAUCCUGUCCAGAGCAUGUCUUAGAUAAAUUCCUUCUCUUUUUCCACUAUCCAUAUUGACUGAUUUUUUCUGUAUAGUAGGGGGACAUGUCACUUAAUCCAAAUUCUGUGAGUGUAAUAGGAGAAUUCAUUCUGUUCUCUUCUGAGUAUUCACAGUUACUCCGUAGGCUUCGGUGAUUGAGAUCCCAGUUGAUAGCAAUCGGUAUCACCAAGAUUCUUUCCUUCAUUUGUAUCAUAAUAUACCAGUCAGAUGAUUCUACUGGCUGUCUUGAUCCACA